CCGUCUUGCAACGACUUCUGUACAUCGCCCCUCACAGCUUACGAUUCCUCAAUGCCUUUUAUAAAAGACACUAUGAAGAUCUUCCCACCAUUACAAUCCCUCUCCAACCUCUAACCUGCACAAACUCCCGACCCUUAACCCCUCUCAAUCAAGAUGACAACCCCCUCCAUCCCCCAACUAACCCAGGCCCUCACCACCCAAGGCCUCCCAGCACCGCACCCACUCUUCCUGACCCCGAUCCUAAGCCCCGGGACCUCGCAACGCACAGCACCUCCCAUGCCCGCACUCGCCGCGACCGCCAAACUGCGCCUUCUGAACGCCGACCUCACGCAGCCGCACAUCCUCGAUCCUUCCAAGACGCUGUGUCUGCCUCCGGGGAUCGCAGACGUGCGCGUCGUGUCCCGCGUCCUGACCGCCGACGUCCCCGUCCAGGUCUUGGAUAUUCAGGAUCUGAGCAGGAGCCGCUGGGAACAGGUCGAGGCCUUGGAGAUGGAGAGGAAGGGCGAGACGACUAAGGGGAGACAGGUCAUUAGAGCUGUGCCGACGCAGCCUGAUGGUGAUAUUAUCUCGGGCACCGCCGCCUCGCCUGAGACAACAUCAAAUACUCAGGGAAAUGCGAAUCAGAAUGCCGGGGCUGCAAAAUCAAAUGGCCCGUUUAAAUUACUGCUUCAGGAUAUGAAAGGCCAGACUGUUUAUGGGUUUGAGUUGAAGAGGGUGGAUAAGGUGGGCUAUCCGCCAACGAUGAAUAUCGGAUGUAAGAUUAUGUUGAAGAAGGGGGCAAAGGUUGCGAGAGGUUUGGUGCUGAUGGAGCCGGGAUCGGUGCUGGUGUUAGGAGGCAAGAUUGAGGCGCUGGAUAAGAGUUGGAGAGAGGGGAGGGAGAAGGCGCUGAGAGAUGCGGUUGGUGCUGGGAGGGAUCGGAAUAAUGACUGAGGAUAGAUACAGAGAGGAUAUGGCGUUCAAAUGAUACGUUCUGGGAGUUUUGGGCGGGGGAAUCUUACAAGUGGGCCAUCUGUUACGGGAUAGGUUGGACUGGAGUUUCUCAUCUGCAUCUCCUACCCCCUACCUGAGCAGAUGAAAACCAAUUUCACCAGUAAACGGUCACACAUUGUACCAGAUGAAAAUCAGUGAGGUCUAUCCGUUUUGAGAUACAAGCAAUAGAACAUGGUCUCGUGUCUCGUAUCCUAUCAUCGCAUAUUCAUUCG